CUAACGAAGAAGCCCGGUCUUCCUUAGCUAAACUAGCGGAGAGAUUUUGUCGCCUAAUCUCCAAAGAAGUCGUCGUUUAUUUGUUCGUAGUUCGAUCCAAAAUGAUUCUUACGGUGAAGCCUUUGCAGGGAAAAGAAUGCAGCGUCCACGUGACUGAAGAUGAAAAGGUUUCCACAGUGAAAGAGCUCGUGUCGGAACGUCUCAACAUCCCAGCCAAUCAGCAGCGGUUGCUUUAUAAAGGCAAAGCGCUCGCAGAUGAACACCGACUAAGUGACUACUCCAUUGGGCCAGAAGCUAAAUUAAAUCUGGUCAUCCGUCCAGUGGGAGAAAGGACCGGAGCUUCAGCGGUGGCCACCAGCAGCGGUAACGGCAGCACCACACAAGGGGGAGUGUGGCAGGCUGUGUCCAUUAUCCUCGCAAAACACUUCAGUCCUGCAGAUGCUGCAAAAGUCCACGAACAGCUGAUUAAGGAUUAUGAACGUUCACUACGACAACUCAGCCUGGACGACAUCGAGCGCUUGGCCGGCAGACUGCUUCACCCGGAGGUGGACAGCAUGGACACAUCGUCGUACAUGGACUGAGGGCCGGCCCUGCCCGAAGCUGCGUCCUGCGAAUGCUCGGAUGUACUUAAAAUGUGAUGCGGAGAGCGCUGUGUGUGUCUAGUCAGCGAGUGAGCAUGGAUAGCUAGUUAUCUCUGUGGCAAAGCACCGACUUAUCCGCAGAAAGUUCGUCAGUGUCAUUAACGCUGGAGUAAUGUCAUGAGACCUAAUCACACAAUAUUUGAAUACAAUGGAAUCAUUCAUGCUGUGGGUCUCAUGUUUUACAGCUCCCAGGGACCAUAACUUGUCUUUAAGGAUAUUUAUUUGUAAUGUUUGGGUGAUGUGUGUUGUUAAGAGACAAGGCAGUACAUUUUCUCUUUGUUGAUAACUAAUGCUCAUUGUAUGAAUUGUAAAUAUUCUGUUUAUAUUCAGAUAUUAAAAGUGAGACAACUUA